GACAAAUAAGAGAGAGAGUGACGUGGAGGGAGAGAAGGGAAGAGAAUCCUUUUGUGUGCUUAACAAGAUUAGACCGGAGCUAGAGGGAAUAACACAAUGAACAAUUUAGAUGCGCCAAACGAGCACCACAUAGUAUCCGCUCGAUACUGAAAAUUUUCCAGGAAACGCUUACAAAACUGUACCGGCCCGUCAUUUAUCCUAACAACAAAGGAGAGUAGACAGUAGUGAAAAGCGCGGGAAAAUAUGAAAACGACAGCUUGGGAGUGGCCCAAAAUUAGGGUUUUCAAUUUUGACUUUUGAGAUAGAGAUUGGGAAGUUUUUUGUGGAGCCUGCAAACAGUUGAUCCAAGUCCAUGGAUAGAGAUGGCAACGGACGGGGAAGUUGUGCAAUGGGCGCCUUCGGAAGCAUCGAUGUGAGCCGUUUUAAUGAUUCGACAGCGGUGGAUCUGAAAGGUCAGGUCCAUCAGCUCCCGUGCUGCAUCAAGUACGAUGGACCUUCUUCUGUUUCCCACUACUUCAAACCCAAAUCCACAGGGAUUGAGGUAGAUGGUCUGACGAUGGAGGAAGCUUACUUCAGGGGAAGGAAGUUGCAAGGCACCACUGUUCACCUUCCUCAAGGCUAUUCUGGCUUUGUUAUAGGAAAGAAGAGUCUGGGAAAAAGAAAAGCCUCUGAUCAAUCUGAAGAAAUCUCAAAUUCUUGGGAGAUGAAGGCAAAGUUUCAAAGUAUAACCUUUUGGAAUCAUGACAGCCUUCCAUCGCAAGAUGACGUUUUCGUUCGUUCCUUUCACUGGUUGACUGUCACAAAAGCUCUGCAUCAGUCAGUGACACCUGAAGACUUGGAAUCUGCUUCUAAUUCACAACAGGCAAAGUAAUAGGCUGAGGUUUGUGGGAAGCUUCUUGUUAUCUUAUUUCAAAACUGCAAUGCCUGGCUCUUGCUUUGGCACAAAACCUUCUCCCUUUGUGCCCACACGAUCAUUUGCAAUCCGAAGACUUUCUCUGCUGCGUUUCAAUGCCUUGGCUAAAUAUUGAGGUUAGAUAGUUUGAAUUUCGCAUCAUAACUUUUGCUUCAUACACCACCCAUCUCCUGAGGUCUUAUUUUUCUGAUUGUGUACUCGUAAAAGAUUUAUUAGAUGUAUUGUUCUAAUGGGUCCAUUGUUUUAUAAUUGCAUGGCCCUACUGAGUGAAAAAAGUGCGUAAAAAUUGUUAGCUUGUGUAACAUUUGUUCUUGGGACGUUAUUUUUAUGACCUCUCUCUCUCUC